CUUGGGUGGGGCUCUGCCGGCAGCCCCUCCCCCACGUUGCCCCUCCCCCACGUUGCCCGACCCCCACGAGUGUGUGGGACUUGAUGCUACAGCAGGGGGAGGAGGUCGUGGCCAGAUGCGUCUCAGGAAGCACCAUGAAUGAGGCAGGAGGACCUGGCGGGUGGGUUUGGAAGUCUGAGAGCCUGGGUUCAGCCCCAGGAUGCAGCGGCCACGAGACCGCCCAGUUCCCGUGCUGUGCCUGCCUCCUCACCGGUGUGUGCCCACCUCACGGGGGGAGGAGACCACGAGUUCGGCUCUGGGAGCAGCGCUGGCAUGCUGCACACGCCCGCCAAGUGAUGUCUAGACCCCACACGGGGGCUGCGGCAGGAGCGAUGGCUGCAGAGCGUUGAGUGGCUGCUUGGGGAGAUGCAGGGAGAUGCACAGGCAGGAAGUGAGGUGGGGAGCGAGGCUGAGGGCUGUACAGAGGCACUUCACAGGGUGCCCAGGCCGCCGGGCCUGCUCCACACGGGGCUGAGGAGGGGCCACCACGCGCCGGCCUUGGCCUACCUGCGGCUUCGCAGGAUGGGGCCACAGGUGCCCUCAGCCCCUCCUGCCCUCUGGGUCCUCGGGUGCCUUGCCCUGUCCCUCUGGCUGUGGACACUGUGCACGGCCUGCCACAGGAAGCGGGUGCAGAGGCAGCGGGCCAGGCCCCAGGGCGGUGUGAUGCCAGCGGAAGCGUCACUGCUGAGACGACACCACUUCUGCACCCUCAGCAAGUCGGACACGAGACUGCACGAGCUGCAUGGGGGCCCUGCUGGCUGCAGAGCUCCGCGGCCUGCCAGCAUGGAUAUCCUGCGCCCACAAUGGCUGGAGGUGCCCAGAGGCACCAGCAGGCCUAUGGCAGCCUUCUCACACCGGGAACUGCCCCAGGCAAUGCCUGCUGCCACCUCACCCUCCAUCUGCCCCGAGGCCACCUAUUCCAAUGUGGGGCUGGCUGCAAUCCCCAGGGCCAGCCUGGCAGCCAGCCCUGUGGUGUGGGCAGGGGCACAGCUAACCAGCAGCUGUGCCAGGCCUGGGCCUGAGGCCAGACCUGAGGUGGCGGAGUAUGCUUGUAUCCAGAAGCUCAAGGAAACAGAUCAGGGCCCCCAAAGCCUGGGGCAGGGGAAGGCCAAGCUGACCCCAGCUGUUCAGGUGGACAUCCUGUACUCCAGAGUCAGGAAGCCUAAAAAGAGGGAUCCAGGACCUGCCACAGACCAGCUGGACCCGAAGGGCAGGGGAGUAAUUCCGCCUCUGGGAAGUGACCAGUCCUACGAGACCCUCCCACUCAGGGGCCUGGGCAAGGAUGAUGGCCUCCUGGAAAAUGUGUAUGAGAGUAUCCAGGAGAUGCCCGCCCCCUCCCCAGCACCUGGAGCCCUCCUGGUCUAG